CUCGCCGAGUCUCCCGAUGGCCGGAGGCUCAUACUUAGAUGCUGUGAUGCACAGGGAUCACCAACCGCCGAGGGAAGGGAAAGUUGCGCAGCAUGGAGACCGUGAGAAGCCGCGUGGCGUUUGUGGAAUUCAAACGCUCCCUCGUCCCGCCGAGGUGGGAGGACAGCGUGCGCGUCAUCGGCAUAUCCGAGUACAGGGCCGCCGCCCUCUCGCUGGCGCACGCCUUCGCUACCGACGACGUGGCCCAGUACCUCGUCACCUCGGACGACAUGGCAGACCUGUCGGCCGAGGACAGAUGGAAGGUCCACGUCGACAUCAUGUCCUACAUUGUGGCUGCUCACUGCUACAAUGGCGUCGUUACCACCAUCGGCCCCGACUACGAGGGGGUCGCGCUCUGGCUACCUCCGGGCAAGGACCUGGACGGAUGGUGGACGAUCCUCCGGAGCGGCCUCUGGCGCCUCAAGUUCCAACUGUCCGCCGAGGGCAAGAGGCGGUACGACGAGCUCCUGGCCGUGCUUCACGACGCAAAGAUCUCAGUCCUCGGCGACCGCGACGGUGACGCCUGGUAUCUCGUCUACCUCGGCACCAAGCCGAGCGGUCGGCGCCGCGGUCACGCGGGGAAACUCCUCGAGCACAUUAUUCAGAGGGCUGAUGCUGAGAACCGCCCGAUCUACCUCGAGUCAAGUUCACUGGCCAACAACGGCUACUAUGAGAAGUUCGGCUUCGAGAUCCGGAGGGACGUCUUCCUCGAGCGCGGGCGUGGAAUGGCGCCUGUCCGCCUGUCCAUCAUGGUUCGUGAGCCCGAACCGGCCCAAAAGGUAGUUUACUCCAUUCCGACCAAGGCGCUCGGGUUUGGUGGUGGGAAGAUGGCCUAGGGAGAAAGGGGGGAGGGGCGUUUGGUUGACUUGCGGAGGAGGCCGGAGGGACGUGAGGCCAGAUUGAUCAACUCACAGGACAGGGUGCUAUUCUCACU